AUGGAAUCAAGCGGCGAGAACAGUAAAACAAAAGCAGUGGCAAUGAAGGUAAAAGAAACCGACGAAAAGGCGCACCAGCAAGUAAAAAAAAUAAAAGAGUCGAGGAUAGGAAAGCUUAUCCCCACAGAAUGUGGCGAAAUAAACACAAAAAAAAUGGUCCUCAUUGCUCUAAUAGUAAACGCAACUCUUUGCACAUACACAUACUUGCUAUUUAUUGCGCUAUUUGGGAAAACCCAAGCGGACAGCUUUGUGUCAUCUCCUAUUGGCAUUAUUCUGGGAAUCACGUACAUUUUGGCGCAGGGCCACGACACAUACGUGUACUUCCUUGACAAAAGCACCAUGCUCCUCUCGUUUUUGGGAGUUCAUGCUGUUGGAUUGGCAAUCACAGUGCUGACCCUGUUCUUUUUAGACGGGAAUGCGGCAACUUUGCUCUUUAAGUUCGUUAUAGUCAGCACGUACAGCAUGUGGUCUCUUGUAUACGUGUACUUGUUUUCCAUUCACAUAUCGCACAUAAAGAUGGGCGGAUCUUCCAGCACAGGCGACCACCAGGAGGUAUAG